GGGAGCGAAUGGUGAGGCCAAUCAACCAUUCAAGCUGGUGAGCUAAUAUUUCUUUUGCUUACUUUCUCUUACAACCUCAACUCAUUCUUCACCUUGAAAAUAUUCACAGAUCAGUUUCUGACGGUGAAAGUGCGUUGUGAUAUAUUUGUUCUCCGUGGUAUGGUUGUUGGAUAACUGCCCUUCUUGACAAGGCUCUGUGAGUAUUGCCUUCGUCCUAUCCAUCCCCAACGAGAGCAACACACGAGUCAAUACUCUAUCAAGCCAUCCAUUUUCACCGCAACGCCGAGUAUCAUUCAUAUACUCAAACCUCGUGCACCAUCUGAAUAAAGACCUUCACAAAACCCUCACUCCAUCCGGGUUCUUGGGAGGAUUUAAGCUUCCAUCUCCAUGAUCCCCGAGCACCAAACCCCCAACAAACCACCACAACCGGGCCACCCGGAACUCACCUCCUCCCUCAAGAACACCCUCCAACACCAUCAAAAAUCGCAAGCAUGACAUCCUGGUUCCGCUCCGUGGUGAAGACCGCCCCAGCCAUGACGGGCGAGGAAGAAGAUCGACAUCUCCAGCACGUGGAGAACGCCCUGCUCCAGCUGCUCAACGACGAUAUCGCUGCCGCGGAUGAGAUUCUGAAGCAGCAUGGGAGUUCGUAUCAUCACCUUGGUCGAGGCAUCUCGAGUUUUCUGGCGAGUAUGCUGGGUGCGGAGAAGGAGUUGCUGAAGGAUGCCUCGAAUAAGUUGUUGUUGAGUGAGAGUAAGAAUUGGGAGGAUAUGAAGGUUGCCCAGCGCGAGCCGGCCGCGUAUAGGAGUAAGGUUUAUCCUCCUGGGACGGAGUAUUUGUUGUGUUAUGCUGGUAUGUCAAUCUUCUCUUUCUCUUUUUCCCUCUUUUUCCUGAUCUUUGAGUUUUGUUUUCCGUAAGUGUUUGGGAUGUUUUGGUGGGUGGUGAGGUGGUGGUUUGAAGAAGUGACUGAAUGAGGUUACAAUUCUUCACCAGUUUCUUCGACAUCGAUUUUAUACCAUGAUCCUCAAAUAUGUUUUUUGGUGCUAGAGUUGUUACACUCAAGUGAUUAGCACUCAAACUGCCCCUUUUCUAACUUUCCAAUCAGAUUGGUGUAAUAGUUCAUGUUUAAGAGCUUAUUGUUUCAAUUGUCUUGUAACGCUCGGUUAUUUUGAGUAACCCACUCAAAUCAUGUUUGCUACUUUCAUUCUUUCAAGACACUCAAUCAGUCAUUUGGAAUGUCUUGAUAUUGUGGACUUGGGAGUUAAAGUACAACUCGUUGUAAAAGUUUGGAAUAACGGAUCUGAUUUAUUACCGCUUUCCUGCUCGUUGACGAAUACCUAAAGAUAUAUUAGUCAUUAUGAGCGUACUUUGCUGAUAAAACUUAUAGUAUCCCAAUUAACAAGUGCGAUUUGUGGUGUUAUGAGUGGUUCUGUAACCGAAGCAGUAAAAGGAUUCUACAAAUUAAGAAAAGCAUAUCUCACUCUCGACGGAAUUCUGGCCGCCGAAGAAGCAUAUCUCAAUAAACAAAAAGGAAACAUAUCCAAAUCAUCACACACCACAACCGAAAACGGAAACACCAUCCAGACUCCCCAUGAAAAUGGAAUCGGUGGAGAAAAAGAGGCUGAAGCUCUACGUCUCGCUACCAAUAGUGACGAUGAGGAUUUCGAAGUUGUAGAAGAUAACAAGUUCCUCCGACCAACCACCGCUCAGUCAGAACUUUUAGAUUUAGAUACCGCAGCUGUCGGAAUCACAUCCCAUACAGAUAUCUUCAUCCACGCCGGAACUCGACUAUGCUACGGCAUGCUUCUUGUCAUAUUCUCUAUGAUAGAGAAUCCUCUUUUCAACAAGAUCCUCUACAUUGUUGGAUUUAAAGGUGAUCGAAAACGCGGGACCAGAUAUCUCUGGCAAGCCGCUAGAUUUGACAGUUUCACCAGUGCGAUUGCUGGUAUGGCAUUAUUGGGUUACUAUAACGGCCUGGUAGGAUUCUGCGAUAUCCUUCCUACCGACGCAGGUGCAGACGAUGAUCUCUCAGGCUACCCCAAAGCACGCUGUCGUAAACUCCUCACCGAUAUGCGAACUCGCUAUCCCGACUCCAAACUCUGGAAGAUGGAAGAGGCGAGGAUGAAAGGAUAUGAUCGUGACCUAGCAGGAGCUCAUGAGAUUCUGGCGGUAAACUCGGAUAGUAACAUGAAGCAAAUCGCCGUCAUCAACAUUUUCGAGAUGAGUUUCACAACCAUGUUUCUACAUGAGUAUGAGGAGUCCGCAAAGAGCUGGCAGAGGGUGGCCGAGUUAAGUGAGUGGAGUCCGGCAAUGUAUGCAUAUCUCUCUGGUGUCGCCUAUCUCGAGCUCUACCGCGAAUAUCGCGUCCACGACACGGAAAAGGAGAAAGCGGCGAAGUUCAAGAAAUUGGCCGAGGAGUGUAUACGUAAAGCUCCACCUCUGACGGGCAAACAGAAGGUUAUGAGUAAAGAGUUACCCUUUGAUACCAUGAUCCGACGGAAGAUCGAGAAGUGGGAGGGCAGAGCGAAGACUUGGAAGGUGGACUUAGCGGAUGCCACGGGUGUUUCGCCGUUUGUAGAGAUGAUUUAUCUUUGGAAUGGAGCGCGGAAACAGGAUGUUAAGCUCCUGGAGAAGAGUUUGGCGUUAUUGAACUGGGAGAGGACGAGUCAUCCCGAGAAGUUCGAGGGCGAUGUCGAUGAGAUGGGGGCGAAGGGGUUACUUGAAUCCUGCGUGUUGAGGAACCUCAAGAAAUAUGAGGAGGCAAGAAGUAUACUGAUGAAGGAAAUCGUUUCGCUUGAUAAGUAUGUCCAUCCCCCCUUUCUUUCUCCAUAAUCAUCCAACUAACAUAUACACAAAGAAAUCUCUUCAAAGGUCCCCUGAAUGAUGACUACAUCCCCGCCUCCGCCCACUACGAACUCGCCUGCAUCGAGUGGGCCGAAAAAGACCUACCUGAUACUAGUAAAGAGGUCCAUCGAGAGAAAGUCCUGAAGUGUGAUGAGUACUUGGGUAUCACGAAGAGGUGGGAUGCGUAUGUUCUGGAUGGAAGGACGAGUAUGAAGGUUAUUACUGCGGAGAAUAGUGUUAGGAGACAUAGGGCUUUGAUGGGGUAUUGAGGUGUGGGUUGUGGUAAGGGGAAGCGGGAGUUAAAGGAAAGAGAUGGGGUGGUUGAGGGGCUUGGAGGUUGGUUGGUCUUGGAGUUUUAAGGUAAAGGUAGGGUGGGGAAUCAUGCAUAUGGAGAAAAGAAAGAUGAGAUGCGGGUUUUUGGACUUGGGUUUUUGGCGGUUAGUAGAAUGGGGUAAGAGGAUUGGGUCAAGGUGGUUUGUUUCUUUUGCAUAGGACAGAAAGAGAGGAAGAAAGAAAGAAAGAACGAAAGAAUUGGUUAGGUUAGGUUAGGAUGGAUGGAUCGGAUAGUGGUUGUGGUUGUGGUUGUGACUUUUGAGUUUGAGGAAUUAGAUGGAUUGAAAGAAUUGAGUGGAUUUGUUUGUAUGUUUGUGUGUUUCUGUGUUUGUAGAGAGAAGGGGUUAGAUAUAUACAUAUACAUAUACAUCAAGAGUAUACGACUACUAAC